UCAACAGGCACUGGAGGAUACUUGUUACAUGUAAAAUUUCACCGCGUUUUUAUUAGCACGGUAGUACUAUUACUUUAUACUGAAAUUGCGAACAAUUCAGACAAAGCUGUAGGGAUCUGUUUUUAGGGAUGGUGAUGUGUUUUAAGUUGCGCCCUAUGGUGCAUAUACGCAAAACCUCUUCCACCAUUCUAGAUUUACACCUCAGUAGGUAGAUUAGACUCGUGGAACAACCAAAGCAUUUACAGUAGUCGGUGGGAAAGGAGAAAAGGAUGGCAGCUCCACAGAACGGAUCCAACUUAACGACCAACUAUACCAACCAGUUUGUGCAGCCUCCGUGGCGCAUCGCUCUCUGGUCCGUAGCCUACAGCUUCGUUCUGGCGGUGGCGGUGUUCGGAAACCUCAUUGUGAUAUGGAUCAUUCUUGCCCACAAGCGGAUGAGGACGGUGACAAACUACUUUCUACUAAACUUGGCGUUUUCGGACGCGUCGAUGGCCGCGUUUAACACUUUGAUAAACUUUAUCUACGCUGCCCACGGGGAAUGGUACUUCGGGGAAGCGUAUUGCAAAUUCCACAACUUCUUCCCGGUCACAUCGGUGUUUGCAAGCAUCUACUCCAUGACUGCGAUAGCUGUGGACAGGUACAUGGCCAUCAUCCAUCCCCUGAAGCCUCGUCUUUCAGCGAAGGCCACCACAGGAGUCAUCGUCUGUAUCUGGAGCCUGGCUGUGGUUCUGGCCUUCCCUCUCUGCUACUUCUCCACCACCCGAACUCUGCCCCGCAGGACCCUCUGCUACGUGGCCUGGCCCCGCAUGGCCGACGACCCCUUCAUGUAUCAUAUCAUAGUUACAGUUAUGGUCUACGUGCUGCCAUUAGUGGUGAUGGGCAUCACUUACACCAUCGUUGGGGUGACUCUGUGGGGAGGGGAGAUUCCAGGAGACUCAUCUGAUAACUAUCAUGGACAGCUCAGGGCUAAAAGGAAGGUGGUGAAGAUGAUGAUCAUCGUAGUGGUGACCUUUGCCCUCUGUUGGCUGCCUUAUCAUGUCUACUUCAUUGUGACAGGUCUCAACAAGCGUCUGAUCAAGUGGAAGUACAUCCAGCAGGUUUACCUGUCAGUGCUGUGGCUGGCAAUGAGCUCCACCAUGUACAACCCCAUCAUCUACUGCUGCCUCAACAGCAGGUUUCGAGCUGGCUUCAAGCGAGCGUUUCGUUGGUGCCCAUUCAUCAAGGUGUCCAGCUACGACGAGUUGGAACUACGCUCGACACGGCUACACCCAACACGCCAGAGCAGCAUGUACACGCUGUCACGAAUGGAUACAACCACGGUGAUGGUUUACGACCCUGUCGAGGGUGGUGGCGGUGCUGCCGGUGGCUCCGGAAGGAAGCACUCCCUGUCUGCUAGGAAGAGAAGCUACAUCACGUCUCGCCAUACAGAGAUCACAGGAUGCAACGGUGGCAGUGUUAAAACGCCAAAUGGAGUGGCUCCAAGUGCUCAACCUGAGGAGUUCUCUUGAAGGGUGUUCUCACAGACUUACAAAAAGUAAAUGUGUUCACAUGCAUAAUACACUGUAUAUAUAAAACAGUGCGGAGAUGUUUGCUUAAUUUAGACAUAGAAACAUUGUAUCAAGGUGAAAGUAGUGCAGGGUAUGACCACAUGGAUAUAGAGAUUAUUGAAUAUUUUAACUUGAUGGAUCACAGACUUUUUUAAGAUACUCUGGAGCAUGGAUGGAUUACUGAGCGGGCUAAUUGGGCAAGUCAAUGUUUCUAGCAGUUCUAAUUAAAAUGUCACACAGCUCA